ACGGCGCGCUCUCCGCUCCGCGCUCCAGGGACCCGACGCGCCCCGGCCCCGCCGUCUCAGCCAGACCCACAGGCGGCAGGCCGGCCCGCGGCCCGGGUCCGAGCCUCAGACCUCCGCACCGACGGGGCGGGCGGCGCGGCUAGGAGCCCCGGGAGCCAUGGGGACCUGGGCGGGGCCAGCGGUCGCGGGCCAGCGGGAGCCCGGGUUCUGAGGAGCGGCCGGCGGGGCCAUGACCUCGGUGUGGAAGCGCCUGCAGCGCGUGGGCAAACGGGCCGCCAAGUUCCAUUUCGUGGCCUGUUACCACGAGCUGGUGGUGGAGUGCACCAAGAAAUGGCAGCCGGAUAAGUUGGUGGUGGUGUGGACCCGGCGGAACCGACGCAUCUGCUCCAAGGCCCACAGCUGGCAGCCGGGCAUCCAGAACCCAUACCGGGGCACCGUGGUGUGGAUGGUGCCGGAGAACGUGGACAUCUCCGUGACCCUGUACCGGGACCCCCACGUGGACCAGUAUGAGGCCAAAGAGUGGACAUUUGUUAUUGAAAAUGAGUCCAAGGGGCAGCGGAAGGUGCUGGCCUCGGCCGAGGUGGACCUGGCCCGCCACGCGGGGCCCGUGCCUGCCCAGGUCCCGCUGCGGCUGCGGCUGAAGGCCAAGUCGGUGAAGGUGGUACAUGCGGAGUUGAGCCUCACCCUCUCGGGGGUGCUGCUGCGGGAGGGCCGCGCCACGGACGAUGACAUGCAGAGUCUGGCGAGCCUUAUGAGCGUGAAGCCUAGUGACGUGGGCAACUUGGACGACUUUGCUGAGAGUGACGAGGAGGAGGCUAAUGGUCCAGGGGCCCCCGAGGCUCGGGCUCAUGCCCCCCAGCCAGGCAGGGGCGGCGCCCUGAGGCCGGGGCGGCUCCCAGAUCCCCCUCGAGAGCUGAAGACGCUUUGUGAGGAGGAGGAGGGCCGCGCACAGCCCCGGCAGGCAGCUUCCAGCCCUCCUAGUACUGCGGAUGCCGGCCCAGCCCCUGUGAGUGUCCCUGCGCCCCCAGCCAGGGCCUCCCGGGGCCAGGGGUCAGAACCAGCUACUGUAGUCGGGGGCCAGGUGGGGCCUGAAGCCCCAAGGCCCCCCGGAACCCCACUGGAGACAAGGUCCUCAAGACAUUCAGGCCAGGAUUUGGCCCCCAUCCCGGCCCCUCGGCUCCGGAAAGGCUCUGAUGCCCCCUGGCCCUCAGUCCCCCAAGGGAAAGAUGAGGCCCCCAAAGCCUCAGAGGCUCCCCCAGCAGGAGUGGGUUCUGCUGGGGAGACCCAGGCCCAGGCAAGCCCUCAGGAAGGGACAGAGGCCCAGGGAGCCAGGCCAAGCUCAGGCAUUGAGGAUGGAGGCUGCAGAAACUCUUUGGGAGAGCAGAAAGUCAAGGUUGAGGAAGGCACCAUUGGGGACAGGCCAGAGGCCAGUGGGGUGGACACUGAGCAGGGGUCAGGACCCAGAGGAGUGAACACUAAGAGGUCAGAGGUCAGAACUGGGGAGGCUGAAGAGAGUUCAGAAGUUAGUCAAGUGGGUGCUGAGCAGAGGUCAAACAUGAGACAUGUGGACACUAAGGGACCAGAGGCUACAGGGGCGAUGUCUGAGGCAAGGGUGCAGGGAACUCCUGAGGCUCCUCUGAGGGCCUCUCUGGGGAGGACAGGGGUCAGCACCCAGGAUGAGGCUCCUACUGUCCAGAGCUCACCCCCAGCAGAACCUGCAGGGCAUUCCAGGCAUCUCAGUGACUCCAAGGGGUCCAGGGCUGCUGCAGGCCAGGAGAGAGAGGGUGCAGAGGUGAGGGGCGGGGCCUCUGGUGUUGGGGGGACAGGUCUGGAGCAUGGCCCCUCUGUUGGAGCAGCAAGCACUAGGCCCCAGGUGAGCAGGUCCCAGGAAGCCCCACCCACAGCUGAUCAGGGGGCAGUGUCUAGGGAUCUGGGGGUCUGGGAGGCAGAAACUGGGGUCUUGAGCGCCCUGGGAACAGAGCUGGGGAUGACAGAAUCAGAGGUUCUGGGGACCCAGGAGACAGAAGCAGAGGGAUCAGGGUUCCCAAAGAUAGAGAGCGGGACAGCAGAAGCUGAGAUGUUAGAGGCCCAGGAGACAGAGGCAGCAAGCUCAGGGGUCCUUGAGUCAGAAGCCGCUGGGAUGGCAGAGUCUGAGGAACUGGAGACCCAGAAAACAGAGGCUGGGGCUUCAGGAGUUCUGAGAACAGAGACUGGGAUGGCAGAGACUGAGAUAUUGGGGGCCCAGGUGAUAACAGGGGGCUCAGGGGUACUGAGAAUAGAAGCGGAGAUAGCAGAGCCUGCAAUACUGGGGGCUAAGGAGACAGAGGUGGGAGGAUCAGGGGUCUCAGCAAUAAAAUCUGAGGUAUCAGGGACCCAGGAAACAGAAGUAGGAGGUUCUGAGGUUCCAGGGUUUGAGACUGAGACAACAAAGGCAAAGAUACUGGGGACCCAGGAGAAAACAGCUGAGGGCUCAAGGAUCCCCGAGAUAGAAACAGAGGUAGAGGGUUCAGGGGUCCCAGGGAUGCAGACUGAGACAGAAGCUGAGAUAUUGGGGGCCCAGGAGGUAGCAGCUGGGGGUUCAGGGGUCCCAGGGGUGGUGGCUGAGACAGAAGCUGAGAUAUUGGGGGCCCAAGAGGUAGCAGCUGGGGGUUCAGGGGUCCCAGGGAUGGGGACUGAGACAGCAGAAGCUGAGAUAUUGGGGACCCAGGAGGUAGCAGCUGGGGAUUCAGGGGUCCCAGGGGUGAUGGCUGAGACAGAAGCUGCGAUAUUGGGGACACAGGAGGUAGCAGCCGGAGGUUCAGGGGUCGCAGGGGUGGAGACUGAGACAGAAGCUGAGAUAUUGGGGACACAGGAGGUAGCAGCCGGAGGUUCAGGGGUCGCAGGGGUGGGGACUGAGACAGCAGGGACUCAGGAGACAGAGGUGGGGGAUUCAGGGGUCUCAGGGCCAGAGGUUGGGAUGUCAGAGGCUGAGGGACUGGGGACUCAACAGACAGAAAGAACCAUUUUGGAAGCUGAGAACUCAAAGGUCCCUGGGGUCCUGGAGGCAGAGACUGGGCUCUGCGGGAGCUUCAUGUAUGAGGCGUUAAAGGCCCCAGUUCCUAAGCAUGGAGUUUUAAGGUCCCAGGGAUCAGAGGCAGAGCCUGCAGUUUUGAGGGUCCAGGAGUUGGAGGCUGGGGUUUCGGGGAUUUCAGAGGCCAAGCCUGGGGUUUGGGGAGCCUGUGAAGCAGAGAUGGAAGUUUUAGGUUCUCCAGAGAACCAAUCUGGUAUUUUUGAGGCCCAGGAAGCAGAGGCUGGGGUCUUGGGAACCGAGAAGGGGAGAGAAGCUGAGGCCAGCCUGAUUGAGACGCAGGUGGCCAGUGGGGCAGGGGCUGGGGUGCCCAGGCCCUCAGGGGCCUCUUCCCCAGAGGAGCCUGAAGAGGACAGGAGGCUGCCCGGCAGCCAGGCACUACCUGCCCUGGUCAGCUCCAGCCAGUCCCUGCUGGAGUGGUGCCAGGAAGUCACCGCCGGCUACCGUGGCGUCCGAGUCACCAACUUUACUACAUCCUGGCGCAAUGGUUUGGCUUUCUGCGCCAUCCUGCACCGAUUCUACCCAGACAAGAUUGACUAUGCCUCCCUUGACCCACUCAACAUCAAGCAGAACAACAAGCAGGCCUUCGAUGGCUUCGCAGCCCUGGGCGUGUCGCGGCUGCUGGAGCCCGCGGACAUGGUGCUGCUGUCGGUGCCCGACAAGCUCAUCGUCAUGACUUACCUGUGCCAGAUCCGCGCCUUCUGCACGGGGCAGGAGCUGCAGCUGGUGCAGCUGGAGGGCGGUGGCCGGGCUGGCACGUACCGCGUAGCCAGCACCCAGUCCAGCCCGCCCGACGACCUGGACGCCAGUGGCCUGGCACAGAGGCUGCGGGAGCACCGGGCAGAGUCGCCCGAGGAGCCCAAGGAGGCUGCGAGCCGCGGGGAAGGGGCAGCCCCCGAGGGGGCUUCCAAGGACCGAGGGGCCGAGGCCGCCCAGGAGGCGCGCUCUGCGGAGGCCCCGGCUGAGGGCCCCGGAGCCCGAGCGUCGGUGCCCGCGGCCGAGGGGCUGGUGAACGGGGCCGGAGCCCCGGGCGCGGGAGGCGGCGUGCGGCUGCGGCGGUCAUCGGUGAACGGGGAGGCCGGGCCGGUGCCCCCGCCCCGCGCGCACGGCUCCUUCUCCCACGUGCGGGACGCCGACCUGCUGAAGAAGAGGCGCUCGCGGCUGCGGAACAGCAACUCCUUCUCCGUGGAGGACCCCGACUCCGGAGCCCCGGCUGCGGAAGGCCUGAGCCCUGCCCCCAGCCAACCCACAGCCCCAGCCCCAGCCCCACAGCAGCCCUCUGGCGGCAGUCCCCCCUUGGAGGAGCCAUCCCCAAACCCAGGGGAAGAGGCUGGGCUGCAACGGUUCCAGGACACAAGUCAGUACGUGUGCGCAGAGCUGCAGGCCCUGGAACAGGAGCAGAGGCAGAUAGAUGGGCGGGCAGCUGAGGUGGAGACGCAGCUGAGGAGCCUUAUGGCAUCAGGUGCCAACAAGCUGCAGGAGGAGGUGCUGAUCCAGGAGUGGUUCACACUGGUCAACAAGAAGAACGCUCUCAUCCGGCGGCAGGACCAGCUGCAGCUGCUCAUCGAGGAGCAGGACUUGGAGCGGAGGUUCGAGCUGCUGAGCCGGGAGCUACGGGCCAUGCUGGCCAUCGAAGACUGGCUGAAGACGGCGGCGCAGCAGCACCGAGAGCAGCUCUUGCUGGAGGAGUUGGUGUCGCUGGUGAACCAGCGCGACGAGCUGGUCCGGGACUUGGACCACAAGGAGCGGAUCGCCCUGGAGGAGGACGAGCGCCUGGAGCGCGGCCUGGAGCAGCGGCGCCGCAAGCUGAGCCGGCAGCUGAGCCGGCGCGAACGCUGCGUGCUGAGCUGAGCCGCCGCCGGAGCCCUCGCUGGCCGGUCGCCGUGCGCUCCCGACGACCCGGCCCUCUCGGCUGCCGCGCGCGGCCUGUAGGGGCCGCUGUCGCUCCUUUACCGGGAGGCUCGGGCGGCCCUUGGGUGCCGCGGGGCUGGAGCGGCGCGCCCUCGGGCCGUAUUUAUUUGUCUGUGUGUGUGUGAGUGUGUGUGUGUGUGUGUUCGCGGGGGCUGGGGGUCCCCGGGGCGCCGCGCAGAGCCCCUCCUCGACGGCAGGGCCCGGGUGGCCAGCCCCAGGGGAGCGGGGUGGUUGUGAACUGCCGCGCCCGCCCUCCUCUGCUUCCUGUUCCCGGUGAGCAAUAAAGUUGGACAAGGC